AUGAAGACCUUGUUCAUCUUCUCUCUCCUCACCCUUGCAGGUACCGAUGCUGUUGCGCAGCUAGACACUACCCGUAGCCAGUGCUCUGAACAUUGUCAGCAGCAGCAACAACCAUGGCAACAAUGGCGGCAGCAGAUGUACCCAUGUGUGGAAUUUCUGCAGCACGAGUGCAGCACAGUGACACUGCCAUUUGUCCAGUCCCGUAUGUGGCAACUUAGCAGCUGCCAUAUAAUGCGACACCAGUGCUGCCUGCAGCUAGCACAGAUCCCGGAGCAGUUCAGGUGCCAGGCCAUCCAUAGCGUGGCUCAAGCUAUCAUGCAGCCGCAGCCCCAGCGGCAAGCUCCGGUUGAGAUCAUGAGGAUGUCGCUUCAGACCUUGCCGUCGAUGUGCAACGUGUAUGUGCCGGCAUACUGCACCCGCCACGGCAUCCCCAUGGCCAGAUGCAGCGGUGGAUGGGUCUGUGAGUCAAUGUAG